GAGCUCACAUCCCACUCCUAGCUCCGUUCAUUAGUCUAUCCAUCAGUCGGCAGAGGAGACAGGAGACGCUGCAAAGAGGAUCUGUGAGGAACAGAACGAAACAGAGGGGCUACAUCAUGAAAUACUUCCCUGCUUAUUACUUGCUGCCUCUUUUUCCUGCACUGGUCUUCAGUACUAGACAGGGCUAUGAAGAACUGGAGAGACAGCUGAAGGAAGUCUUUAAGGAAAGGAGCAAUAUUCUUCGUCAGCUGUCGAAGACUUAUAAAGAACUCGAGGGAAUUAAAGUAAACCUCCAGUCUUUGAAAAAUGAUGAAGCGUCAGCCAGAAGAGAUGUGCAGAAACUUCUUGAACUGGGCAAAAAGCAAAGGGAAGAAAUGAAAUCUCUUCAGGAGGCCUUUCAAAAGCAGCUUAAUGAGGCAGCUGAGAAGGCAGAAAAGCAGCAAGCUACUAUUAAUUUUUUGAAGACAGAAAUGGAAAGGAAGAGCAGAAUGAUCCGGGACCUCCAAAAUGAGAACAAAAGCCUCAAAAACAAGCUGCUGUCAGGAAACAAGCUUUGUGGUAUUCGUGCAGAAGAGUCAAAAAAGAUCCAAGCCCAGCUGAAAGAACUUCGUUACGGCAAAAAAGAUUUCAUUUUCAAGGCACAACGGCUAACAGAUCUGGAACAGAAACUAGCAGCUGCAAAAGAUGAAUUGGAAAAGGCAGCCCUUGACAAGGAUUCACAGCUGAAAGCUCUCAAGGACACUGUGAAGUUUUGCCUGUCCUCCGUUCUGCGCAAUCAACCUACUGCUAUGCAUCGAAUCCCUUCAAAACCAACAGAGAAGCUGACAUCCUCAGCUACAGAGGGCUCAAAAGUUCAAUUUCCAGUAAUAAGCACCAAGCAAAAUGCCUCAGCAGAGAAAGAGAGUCUGCACGUGGCCUCAAGAAAGGAAGAAAACCAGAGUGUGCAGGAGUGCAAUUCUCAGGAUGUUGGCAAGACAUGUCUGGGGAAUUACAGUAAUUCAACAUCUCGUUUGAAGACAGCAGAAACAGAGACAAGCUUGCAGAUGUUGCACAACCCUCCAUGGAUUAAACCUGAAGACAAAAAAUCACCUGAAAAAAAUGAGAAAAACUUUGAAGAUUCUGUUAGCACAAAAGAAAAGAAACUGUAAAUGCCACUAAUGCACAUUUACAAAUGUUCAUCACUUGCUUCCAACUUCACAUUCUUUUUAGUCCAUAGGCAGGAAUAAACCAGAUUUCUAAAGCAUGCAUUUUUCACUAUUUUAUGAACGUUUGUUAGCUAGUCAAGAAUAGACCAGUUAGUACCUUUCAGCAAUAAUCCAAAAGGAAUGUUUGAAGAAAUGCUUUGUAAUACAGUCCAGUUUUUGAACUAUUAUUAUACCUGACUUAGUAAUUAUGUACUAUAAAUUAGUUUGUUAAAAAAGCCAUUCCCAAAUAUUUUCUCAGUCUGAUCUAUUUAAUGUACCUUUAUGUCAGAUUAGAUUUUAGAUCAAGAAGUAAGGAACAGUGAAUGCAGAAAAAUAUAUGUUAAAAAUCUACAUAAACUUAGUCAUAGUACAAUGCAACUCA